GCUGGAUACAGCUGGGGGAAUGACGUUGUGCAGAUGACGACGUGGCGUGGGGGAGUACUGUUGGACUGAGUUUAACCUGAUAUCCGGAUAUUGCGAUCUUGGUUUUUUCCAUACAAAGUUUCGAUAUUUUUGACGGCCGUCGAAUUGAACGUCAUUUUCAAAUUUGCGCGCAUCGUCGGGAGCCACAUGAAGGUGUUUGGGUCGUUCUGGAAGAAGGCGUUGGUGGUGGCGUCGGUGUUUGCCGCGAUUGGUAUGCACAAUGCCGGUGCGAGUGUAGACACUUCCGCUGCUGACGUCGUGGGGAGUGGGAAGGUCGUCGAUCAACUCGACGGUGCGCUCUUGAAUGGCGACAAGUUUCAGUUCCAAGCAGAAGUGAGUCGUUUGAUGGAUAUUAUCAUCAACUCGCUGUACAAGAGCAAGGAAAUCUUCCUCCGCGAGCUCAUCUCAAACGCAUCGGAUGCAUUGGACAAGAUCCGAUUCCUCGCGUUGUCGGACAGCACGAUGCUCGAUGUCGCCAAGGAGUUGGAAAUCCGCAUUUCGUUCGACAAAACUGCGCACACACUCACCAUCAAAGACACGGGGGUGGGUAUGACCAAGGACGACUUGGUCAAGAACUUGGGGACCGUUGCCAAGUCGGGCACGGCCAACUUUGUGUCGGCAAUGCAAAAUGGCGCCGAUGCCAACAUGAUUGGGCAGUUUGGGGUUGGGUUCUACUCGGUGUACCUUGUUGCGGACAAGGUCCGUGUGAUUUCAAAGAACAACGACGACGACCAGUACAUUUGGGAAUCCAGUGCGAACGCGAGCUUCACAGUGUCGAAAGACCCCCGCGGGAACACGUUGAAGCGCGGGACUGAGAUCACGCUGUUCCUCAAGAAGGAUGCGCUCGAGUUUGAGGACCAAGACAAGCUGAAAAAACUUGUGACGCACUACAGUGAGUUCAUCAACUUUCCCAUUUACUUGCACACGUCGCGCGAAGAAACGAUCGAAGUGGACGACGACGACGACGAAGAGGACGAAGAAGAAGAGGAUGGUGAUGCCACGGCCGCCGACGACGAAGAGAACGAGGAGCUCGAGCCCGUCGAGGAAGAUGCGUCAAAGCCUGUAGAGAAGAAGACUGAAAAGAAGACGGUUUGGGACUGGCAGCGCGUGAACGAGAUCAAAGCGAUUUGGACGCGACCCCGCGAGGAAGUCGACGAGUCGGAGUACAACAACUUUUUCCGCGCCAUUCACAAGGACGGAACGGACCCGUUGACAUGGAUUCACUUUGUCGCGGAGGGCGAGAUCGAGUUCAAGAGCAUCUUGUACAUCCCGUCCAAGGCGCCCCACGAUUUGUACCAAAGGUUUGACGGCAAGCGCGCCGACGUCAAGCUGUACGUGCGCAAGGUGCUCAUUUCGGACCAGUUCGAGGAGUUCCUUCCCAAGUACCUCAACUUCAUCGUUGGUGUCGUCGACUCGGACGACCUCCCGAUCAACGUGAGCCGCGAGACCCUCCAGGAGAACAAGAUUCUUCGCGUCAUGCGCAAGAAGCUCGUGCGCAAAGUGCUCGAGAUGCUGCGCAAACUGAGUGAAAACGACGAGUCCCACGGCGACGACGACGACGACGAAGUCGCCGAGCCUGCCGAGGACCAGCCCAAGGACAAAGCCGACAGCUCCAAGUACUUGACGUUCUGGGAAAACUACGGCAAGAACAUCAAGAUCGGUAUCAUGGACGACCACGCGAACAAGGGCAAGCUGCUCAAGCUCCUCCGCUUCAAAUCGAGCAAGUCGCCAGACAAGUACAUUAGCUUGAACCAUUACGUGGCCAAUAUGAAGGACUGGCAAGACACUAUCUACUACAUCGCUGGCGAGAGCGUCGAAGCGGUCGAGAAGAGCCCGUUCCUCGAGACGUGCAAAGCCAAGGGCGUCGAAGUGCUGUACCUGGUCGACCCCUUGGACGAAUACGUGAUGCAGCACAUCCCGGACUUUGACGGGAAAAAGAUGCAGAGCAUCACAAAGGAAGGACUCAAGUUUGGUGACGAAGACGAAAAAGUCCUCGAACGCAGACGCAAGCUGUACGCGGAACAGUUUGACGGCGUCAUCACCGGCCUCAAAAACGUGUUCGGGAACAAAGUGAGCAAGGUCACAAUCUCCAAAGCGACGGGAGUCGACUCGCCCGCCGUCAUGGUCACGUCGCAGUGGGGCCACUCGGCCAACAUGGAGCGCAUCAUCAAGGCGCAAACGUUUGCCAACCCGGCCGCCCAAAACCCCGCCGCACAAAAGAUCAUGGAGCUCAACCCUCGCCACCCGAUCAUCGGAAAACUACGCGACUUGUUCGCCACGGCGCCCGACGCCACGGAGACCCACGAUUUGUCCUGGCUGCUCUACGACGCGGCGCUGACCAACUCUGGCUUCGCCAUGGACGAUGUCGACCACUUUGCGUCGCGCGUGUACCGCAUCAUGAAGACGACGAUGGGUCUCGACUCGUUGGAGCUCGAGCCCGAGUUGAACCUGCCCCCCGAAGACGAAGUGGCGCUGGAAGACGACGCCGCCGAUGACGAAGCCGUGACAGAAGCGGUGGAGACCGAGGACGAAGCAGUCGAGACACCGGAUCAAGCAGGGGAAGAGGUCAAGGAUGAGCUGUAGGACAGUGUGUAUAUCGAUCGCAAUCGACUUGAUUUUUGGGAAGCACAACGGAGUAAAGUACAAGAUAUUGAUUAGACAGUUUUCUUCGCGACGGGCGUCUUCUUGAGGAAGUACCGUUCGAUGAAGAACUUGAGGAAGAGCGCAAAGUACGACGAGUACAUGAUGAUGGCCCAUUUGAGGUUCUCACGGUCCAAGAGGCAUGGGGCGCCGCUGCGAAUGUAGUACACGCCGGCAACAGAUACGGCGACACCGACCACCAUUUGAGCGAGUUGAAUCACCGUCACAAACUUGGCCCACGGCGCACGAAUGCCAAUGGCAGCGAGGAAGUAGUAAAAGUACAUGACGGCGUGCACGGUGUAGUUCAUCGCGACGAAGAACAAGCCCAUGGGAGACAAGUUGGCGUACGCGUGCCAGCAAAACAUCAAGACCGUAAUGUGGUGGUACCAGUGCAGGAAGAUAAGCGGCUUCUUGCGCAGCACGAUGAACAUGGUGUCAAUCAAUUCAGGGAUCUUGGAAAAGAUGAACAGAGUGACCCACAGACCGACAGGGCCGCGACCGUAGUGGGGGAACGCUUCCGAGCACACGUUAAAGUACACGCCGCGAGUGACGAGCGAGUUGAGGAGGAAUGGAACGGUACGAAUGCUACCAAUGGCACUAAAGAGCGCGAGGCCGAAAUUCCACGCGGCAAGGGCGUUGUUGAGGCCGAACGGAGCAAAGUUCUUCAUCACUUCGCGGCCUCCAAGGCACAACACGCAGUAGAUCGCACACAGGGCAAUAAUGUGGGUCAUUGUGUCCUUGCAGAAGCCAUACUCCCACGUGAAUUCGUACGUGUUCUCCCAUUCGAAGGGGUAGAUCACCGACAGCGCGGGGUACUGUUCCAACAGCGUCGGCAUCGUGUCUCGGGAAGGCGGCAAA